AUGGAUCUUCAGAAGUCCUUUUUUCUAUCGAAUUCUCCUAAUAAAGCCAAAGAUAAUUCCUAUCUCAAGAGAUACAAGGAAACUCGCAGAAAUAAGGUGUAGGGUUCCUCUAUGGCUGUGACUAAUCAUGAAAGUGGUGGGAUGAGUCCUGAGCUUCCUAGUAUAUUCAGAUAGCCAAAAUCAGAAUUAAAAGGCCAACCAACAUUAGAUAGGAUAGACUAAUAGUUGAAUCUAACAUCUAAAAGUCAUUUGGGUCAUAUCAACACCACUACGAAUAGAGUUUGGAGAGAACAGCCAAUAACUAUCUUGAACUUCGGAGAUGGGUAAAUGAUGCAGAAUCGCACUUAGCUAGCCUACUAUGACAAGUAGAAGAGUACUGGAGAUCAUUAAAAAGGAAGCGUAUCUCCUGGCUUGUAUAAUACAUUUGACUAGUCAUCAUUAGAAAGCCUAAAGCUACAUUAAGAUCUGUAAAAAAGCAUUCAUAUUAUGGAAACUUCAAGUAAAUUCCUCCCAUUGCACCGACAGAAAUCUUUGAAAAAGUUGGGUAGAAAUAAGAAUAAUGUCGCUAAUGAUAACAUCCUAAGAAACGAAAGCCCAAGCAAGUUAAGCCUGGAACGGAAAAAGGCCAUUAACGAUAUUAGGAUAACAGAUGAGGAUGCAGAAGUUAGCGAGAAUUUCUUUAAACAUAGAAAGGAGUUUAGUUUUGAUGAAUAGGUAACUUCGAGAAGAGUGGUAAAGUAAAACUAUCAUAAAAUUGGAGAUAUUCAUGUAAUUCCAAAGAAUUCACUUAGAGCUAGUGAAGUAUUCACUGAUUAUGUACAUAGUCCAAUGACAAAGGAAAGAUAAAGAGAGGAACAAUUUGUAGAUCAUCAUUAAAUCUAAGCGUAAAUAGAUCUUGAAAGACAAAGAGCCGCGUCUAUUCUAUCAGAUAGGAAUGAUAGGAAUAAAUCUUAGAAUCAAAAUUACUCAACUCUAAGCAACUUUUUUCUUAGUGGGAUGUAGAUUGAGGUUAAGGUUAACUAGAAUGAGAAAAAAGCAGAGAAAUUGGAAACAUCUAAUUUUAUUUCACAUAAGAAUACAAACAGUCUAAUUAAAGCAAAGAAGCUAGAACCUCUAAGUCUGACACAGAGCAAAUUUGCCAUGAGACCUGAGGAAAGUAAAUCUCUGACAUAGAAAGCUGAGCUACUUAGAAAGAUUCAGGAUUCAGUGGAUAAACUAUAAGAACUUAAUAGUUAGGCAAUGUACACCAGAGGCUCUAAGAGAUUGAAGAAGCUUAAUAAAUAAACUAACAAUAGGAAUACUCAGAUUUGA